CGUAAUCGAAUCGGUUUGGUCCGGAGUUCGAGAGACAUCGUGGUUCAUGGCAUAUGUUAAUAGUUUCACCUUUGGCAUUACAGUGUUGUUAGUAGCGUAUUUCUACAGCAGACACGCUCCAGGAAACUGGCAUGGAGUGAGAUCGGUUGAGGAGGCAACGCUACAAGGAUGGGAAUCACGAAUAUCUCUGCCAUCUAAACGGGCCAGCAAAGUUGCUGUUGGUGUGAAUGGUAACACAGAUUUAAUUGUAUCUGGAACAGCGCUAUUGAAAGCAUUAAAUGCUACUGCCAGCCAGGGAGAGGACCACAACAUUCUUAAUUCUAUCCACCAUCUUCAAGAGACUUUUUCACAUUUUUUUGAGAAAGGAGCCGCUGCUGAAAGAUACUUUGCAAAUGGAGAAGUGUAUAAAGAAGUAAUUAAAGUUGCUGACACACUACCUAGUAAACAAUACUAUGUUGGUGGUAAUGCUGCUCUAGCUGGACAGAAAAUAUCAUCAAUUAUACCAGAUUCGCAGGUGUUAUUUGUUGGUCCAGUGGGUCCAAAACUCAAGAAAUUAUUCCACAAAGGAAUCACAGUGCUAGAGAGCAGCAUCACGCCACAAGAUGAAGUCCAUCUCAUCAUGGAAUUCCCCAGAGAUGAAUUAUGGGCAGGCCGAGCCACACCCAUUGCUUCUAGGUUUAUUACUUCCAAUGACCAAGCUAAUGGAAGAAUGGACAAACUGGAGAUAUUUGCAGAGAGCAUUAAAGAAUUUGGAGCUGACAUGGUUGUGUUAUCUGGCCUUCAUCUAUUACCCGGACAAAGUGAAUCAUUCUGGAUGCAACGACUGGAUGAUAUUGUCAAAGAAAUCAGCAAGAUUCCUCAUCACAUCCCAGUGCAUCUAGAGUUAGCUAGUUUAGCUGACACUCUGUUUAUGCAAGAGGUUAUUAAAAAGAUAUUUCCGAUUGUUAACUCGCUUGGCUUGAAUGAGCAAGAACUAUCUUUUGUGUCAUUGGCUGGGAAUGGGCCGCAUCAACAGGUUAUCGAAUCGGAGGAAGGAUUUCCGGAAAUUGGCAUCGUGGGAGAUAUCAUGCACUGGAUCUUACAAAGUUACGGAAAAGGAAACAAAUUUGGCAAACCUUCGAAAUUGACCCGUGUUCAUUUUCAUUCACUCUCCUUUCACAUUUUGGUAACUAUCAAAGAUUUAUGGAGUAACAGUCCAUCAUCUGUUGCUAUGGGAACAAGGACUGCAUCUCAACAAGCAUGUGGGGAGACGGCUGAUCUUCACGCGGAGAAUUACGAUAUGAAAAUACCUGAUGCAUUUGCACUGUCUGUGAACUAUGCACCACUUCGCAAACAAAUAGUUAUUUAUGACCCAAUGAAUCCCGUUGUGCUGUGGCACAGGGAAAAUUUAGAAUUUUAUUUCAGUCCUGUGCUGGUCUGCAGGAUACCUAGAAUAACUGUCGGUUUGGGAGAUUCAAUUUCAGCAAUGGGUUUAUACUAUUCGGAAUUCAAACACAGUUAAUGAAUAACCCGGUCUCUGAUUUACCUAAUUUGCAUUUUACUAGUAAUUUUAAUAUAUGCAAAUCAAUUUAA